AUACGUAGGCAUUCAUAGAUCAUUCACCCGUAAAUGGACUGUUCCUCAAGAUGUCAACGUAGCUGAGCUCAAGACUGCUCUCUCUGAGAACGGGCAUCUGACCAUUGAAGCUCCCAAGAAUGGACAAACUACCAUCCGCAACAUUCCAAUCACACCUGCUUUGAAACAUUAA